CACACACACACACACACACACAAUCACACUCUCACAAGCACCAAAUGUCCGCUGGAAAGUUGAGGGCGAUUGCGAGCAAUGCGUGGAGGGGAUGUGCGGAGGUGGUGUUGAUGCCUGGAACGCCGGUGACACUUGGGCGCAGCGUUCGUACGCAAGUCGAGGAUGUGCGCUGCAGCCGCCAGGCCAUGGACAUUGUCCUCAACACGGAUGGCACCGUCACUGUCACGCAGCUGGGGAAGAACCCCUGCAGCGUGGACGGUGUGGAGACAAAGCAGAUGGUGCCGUGCAAGGCUCAACACAACAGCGUUGUCUGCUUGCUACCCAACAGAUACUGCUUCCGCGUGGUGUUGAGAGGAGGAGGUGGCGGCGUCAUGCUGCCAGAGCGCCAAUACAGCACACAAGCUCAACACACCCAGUCGCAGCGCGCCGAGCACACCAAGCACACCAAGCACACUGAAGAGUCACUGGACACCACCACACACACAGACAGCACAGUCGCAGCCCCGAGCAGCUCCAGUGCCAAGCGCACGGCGGCGUCACCACAACGGGGCAACGUCGCAGCCACCACCCAGAGGUCCAUUGAGGAUGUGCUCAUGGCUAAGGCCACGAAGCAACCCAAGGACACCCGCUCUGCUCGCUCAACUAAAGGCCCUGUCACCCGCAACAAUGACGAUGACAAUGGCGAUGAUGAUGAGGACGAGCAUCCACCCAAGAAAGCAGCACUGGGCGUGGGCGCAUCUGCGGCUCAGCAGGGUGCGCAGCAGGCAUCUUCAACCUUUGCGUCACUCCCGACCCGCCUCUUCAAGGGCGCUGUUGCACUUCCAGUGCCGAAGGGAUGGCACUGCCUACGUGACUCUGUCCUCUGCUUCGACUUUGGAGACGUGGAGCCAUCCCACAAGAUUGCCGCGUUUGACUUUGAUGGCUGCCUUGCGUCCACGUCUGUGCGUGGGUUUGAUCCAAAUGCGUGGCGCAUGCGCUUUCAGAGCGUGCCCGAGGUUGUCAAGCAGUACGCAGCCGAUGGCUACAAGAUUGUCAUCUUCACAAACGAGAGCAUCGAGCGCUUCAAGAACGAGGGCGCCAUCCGCAAGGCGGUGAUGAAGAAGAUUGGCCGCGUCAAGGGCUUCUUGGAGGCCGUCAACAUCCCAACUCAGGUGUUUUGCAUGCUGCGCAAGGACGAGUACCGCAAGCCGUCGACGGCGAUAUGGGCGGCGCUCGAGUCGCGGUUCAAUGGCGGGGUGCCCAUCAGCCGCCAGCAGUCGUUCUACGUUGGCGAUGCUGCUGGCAGACAGCACGACCACAGCGCAGAUGAUAAGCUGUUUGCACGCAACGUGGGUGUGCGGUUCAUGACGGAGAAGGAGUGCUUCCUUGGCAAAGGGGCAAGAAGCCAUAAAUGAUUCUGUGUGUGUGUGUGUGUGUGUGUGUGU